AUGGCUGCUCCCGCCGAUAUCACAGUCAAGAACCUCAGUGGGCAGUGGGUGAUGGACGCAACCCUGUCCGACCCCGCUGAUCCCAUCCUGUCUUUGCAAGGCAUGAGCUGGGUACUCCGAAAGGCCCUCCCCUACGCCACCGUUACCCUGCAUGUGCAUGAGUAUGCGGACUCCGAGAACCCGCAGGUGUAUCACAUCGAUGUUGAACAGGUCAUUACCGGCGGUAUUACUGGAAGCAAGGAGGCACGCACGCUCGACUGGCAGGGGCGCGACCAUGUCGACAAGAUCUUCGGCACCGUGCACGGCAAGUCGCGGUUUCUCCGUGGCUCCAAGGGAGACGACGGCAAGGUCCGCCCGGCCGUUGAUUUCCAGACCAAGGUCGGUGAGGGUGAAAAGGAUGCUAGGGUUCAGCGUUUCCUGCGCGGCGAGGUCCUCCUCGACGGAUCUGCUGCGGAGGGCUUCCUUGUUGACGAUGAGGGUGCAGAGUUUGGCGAGGGUGAGGGUCUCUGGAUGCAGAGCUUUGUCGUGAAUGAUGAGAAAGGCUGGACUGCUGAGCAGAUCUGGGGCUUCGAGCUUGUUGAUGGCCAGCGCCGCCACACCCGCCGUGUUGCCGUGACCAAGGAGGGUCAGGUCGAACUGGCUCGUCUGGUGUACAAGUUCGAGGCACGACGGGGCGAGUAA